UCUCAAGACUUGUCUGGAAGAGGAACACCAUUAUAACUCUCAGAUGGAGUCACCACACAGAGAACCAACAGUAGCAGAGUUAAAGGAGGAACGUAGGAUUAUUGAACGAGAUCUGCAUUUGUCAUCUCCAGUGCCGAAUGCUUUGAUUUCCAGUAAGGUACCUGUUCAUGGGCCCAUUCUUCCUAUUUUCAGGAGAGCAGAAUUCAACCAAAGAGUGAAAUUGGAUGAUUCACACUCAAGAGGGGUCAUCUGUGAACUGGUGCAUGUCUCCUCUCAUAUCAGCCUUCCAUUCAGUGAUGUCAAAUGUAGCAAGAGUUUAGGCAAAACACAACUAAAAGUAUCUAGAUCUUUUAGUGGAUCCUUAGACCAUUUGGUUGUACAGUCUUCUGAUGUGUUAAGAAGCCAGAAUGAUUGUUCUGCAGGAAGAUCGAGCUACCGUGUCAGUAUCCCUAUCUCUGAGGAUACAGAAUUCACUGAAAUCAAUCAGUCACAUGGCAUGUCUGAGAAACUACAUUCAGAAAAAGUUAUCUCAAAAGGAAUAGAUCUCACAAGAUCCAAGAAAAGAAUUCCUCAUGUUGAUCAGAUGCGUGAAAAGUCAAGAACUCAAGAUCCCUGUCAUACAGCACCGUUUCCAUUAAGUUUUAAAAUAGGUUUAACGCCCCACAGAACAUUACAGGCGACUGAUGUAGUUUUGGCACCCACCCCUCCUCCUGUUCAGCGGCCAGCUUUAAAGCCAUCCUCUUCAAUACGACGAGGGCGUCUGAUACAGCAAGACAAUGUCGCCUCAUAAAGUGAAAGAUGGUUAAAUUAAUUAGUUCACCUAGGAAAUGUACACAAACUCGAUCUAUAAAAUAGGCAAGAACUCCAUUUAUUUUUCAGCAGCCUUCAAAUGCAAGGAUUAAUGGAUUACAGCAUAACAUAUGUGAUUGUGCAGAUUCAUAUUGGGAUUGCUACAGACUGUCCUCUCUGACUAGUUUAACUUUGUAAAAAUUUGCCAGCUUAGGCACAAAAGUCUAGGUUUUUGUACCAGACGUUAAUGUAGAAAGUUAUUUUGCAGUAUCCAUGAACAAUUUCUAAGAAUAUGUUUUUAAGAGUUUCUGUAACCAAGGAAAUCUAAGACAUUUUUCAAAGUGUCACAUGAAAAUCUUGGUAAGUUACUGCAUCUGUUCCUAUAGUUAUAUGAUUGCAUUUUUGAGAUACAAGUAACUCACUAAGCAUGACUGCUGCUGGAUUGCUUCACUGUUAACUGUUUCUUGAUGAAUACGAACAACCAAUAAAUUCAGAAGAGAAGUAAAGUUCAUUCCUCAUCAAAAGUUACUUCUGAGAUCAUGAGCAAAUCAUGUUCCAUAUUUAUAUCAUCCAAGAGAUAAAACCUACUACCAGGACUAUUGUUAAAAACACAUUUUCAGUUACAAGACAGGACUGUACCCUAUAUUCUGUAUGGUGUGAACUACUUUGACAUUGGGAAGAGUUAAGAUCUACAUUGAGAAAACAUGAUGGUCUACAUUGUCUUGGAGCACAGUUAUUUGUCAGAGUAAUUUAAGUUUUGUGUUUCCACCAGUGUAUGCUAAUAUUUUUUUUCUUCAUUUGCAUUUAUUGCAAUGCAUUUCUGAUGUUUUGUUUGUAAGGAAGUUACAGCAGUCUUGCUUUGCUUAACCUUCUUUGGUAUGACUUAAAGUUUAAACUUAAUACAAAAAGUUUUAAGAA